GGCAGCCGCGCAGGCAUUUAUGUGGUUCACUUACUCGAACAAAAGCUGCCAGCUCAGCCCAUCAGGGUGCCGAAUAUUACUCAACUGCGCAUUGCUGCUGCAUCGGCCCAAAACGCUCUGGCUAUGCUACCAGAUUCCGAUAGCCGAUCAAUCGCAGAUCCUACUCCACUUUCUCAGUACAUAAUCGCCUUAGUCAAAAAAGACAAGCCAGAGGACGAGCUCCAAGCCUUCUGUAUCGAGCAACUAGAGGUUUUUCUUCAGAAAAAUACCACAUCAUUUGUUGAAGAGAUGUUCGCAACCCUCAAGUCUCACGCAUCCUCGCGAACAGAAGACUCGUCAAGGCUUGUGGAGGACUGUACUAAAGUUUCACUGAAGAACGUCUCCAAGCCCAGAAAAAGUCAUCGUUCAAAAGGAAGUCAUAGCCCACCCUCUGACUCCGAACGAUCUACAGCCGCUGUGAAGACUACCCAGAGAUCGCCAAAUCGGAGGUCUCGUUCACCGUUAGACGAAAUAGAUAAGAUGAAGCGACAAUCUCAUGUUGAUUAUAAGCGUCAUUCCAACGACGACUCGCAUGAGUAUGAGGAGUAUUCACGAAAUUCUAAACAACGCCUAACCUCUCACGUUGUCGUAUCGUCAGAUAAGUCCGCUGUUGAGACUUCGCAUAGGCCUCAUCGCCCUCGGCAAUCGCCCGAACGUUCCCCAGAAUACCGAGAGCGAUCGGUUCAACGGUUGGAACGCUCAGAUUUGGACCGAACGCGAGCCACCAGAACAGGAAACUACGACCGUGAUGCGCGUGCUAGGAAAGGCGGCUCCCCACGGCUCCGCAGUGCAUUGGAUGAACCUAAUGAAGUACCGGAGAAACGCAGGAAGCGGUGCCGGUACUUUGACGAGCAAGGAUUCUGCAUACUUGGCGAUCGCUGCAAGUACGAACAUGGUAGCAAUGCCCUAGUUGUCCCCAAUCCUGCUGCCACUGCCCUUCUCUCCACCCUCCCCGCCGCCACACUUAUUGACACCGCACUUGCUAGUGGAGCUUGCCUGCUGCCAAGAACUUCACCUCCCGAUGCUACCCACGAAUUAAGUACCAUGGUUGGCAUAGAUUCAGCCCCCGUUGGCACCGACUUCCCAAACAACAUGACACAGGAGAGGAAGGAUGAGCUGAACAACCUUGUGUAUAAUCCCACCCCCAGUGAGUGA